CUUCAUCUUUAUUAGCUGUGGUGGUUUCAUUCUACAGGUUUUUGGCUGGUAGGGCUUUUAAAGUGGAGUUGAGUUUUGUCGAUAAUGGAGAAGUACGAGGUGGUGAAAGAUAUAGGUGCUGGAUAUAUCGAAUUGGGUGGACUCAUGAGGGUCAAAAACUCCAAAGAACUUGUUGCCAUGAAGUUCAUCGAGCGUGGCUCAAAGAUUGAUGAGGACUUGGUAAGAGAGAUCAUGAAACAUAAAUCACUUGACCAUCCGAGUGUAAUCCGAUUAAAGGAGGUGGUGUUGACUCCAACCCAUCUUGCCAUUGUCAUGGAAUAUGCUGCUCGUGGUGAACUCUAUAAGCAUAUAAGGAGAGCUGGAAGAUUCAGCGAGGAUGAUGCGAGAUACUUAUUCCAACCGCUUAUAUCAGCUGUUAGCUACUGCCAUGCUAUGAAAAUGUGCCAUAGAGAACUGAAACUCGAGGAUACGUUCCUUGAUGGAAGUCCCGAACCAUGUCUGAAAAUAUGUGAUUUCGGUUAUUCUAAGUCUGUGAUGCAUUCAGGCGGUCCAAGCACGAAAACUAGAACCGCUGCUUAUGUCCCACCUGAGGUCUUUACUUGCGGCGAAUAUGAUGGCAAGAUGGCUGAUAUAUGGUCUUGUGGGGUGACUCUUUAUGUCAUGCGGGUUGGAGCACGCCCAUUUGAAGACGAGAACGACCACAGAAACUUCGGGAAAACGAUGCAAAACAUAAAGGAUGUCCAGUACAAGAUCCCAGACGACGUUCGUACUUCACAGGACGGCAUACAUCUCCACUUUCCCUUAUAUUUAUCGCCACACCAGUCGAGUAUUGCAGAUAUCAAGAAACACCCAUGGUUCCUGAAAAAUCUACCAAGGGAGCUCACAGAGACGGCUCAAGCUGCAUAUUUCAGUAAAGAGAGCCAAAGCUUCUCCGUCCAGACUGUUGAAGAGAUCAUGAAGAUAGUGGAUGAUGCUAAAACGCCUCCGCCUGUUUCUCUACACAUUGGAGGCUUUGGCUGGGGAGAAAAGGAAGGAGAUGCAGAGUGACAAUAUGAAGAAUAGUAUGGAGAAGGAGAUAUCGCGAAGAAGUGUAAUAUGAAAGUUCUUGUUGGUUUUGUUAAAAAAUGAAUAUAU